CUUACAAUGAAGAUCUCAUUCCUUGCCCUGGCAGCCACUGCCAUUGCCUACGCCUCUGCUGCUCCCGUUGAGAAGCGCGCUGCCAGUAACAACGUUGUUGUUGGAUACUGGGUCCCAUGGGGCGGUGUUCCAGUCGCUUCACUCGAUAUGACCAAGUACACCCACAUCAACUACGGUUUCGGUGUCACUGCCAAGAGGAAUGCUCAACCUACCGAUAUUUUCUUCGACCGUUACUAUGAUGGAAACAACAUGAGGGCUUUGGUUGCUCGUGGUAACCAGCAUGGUGUCCCAAUUUUGAUGUCGAUCGGUGGCUGGACCGGAUCCCAGACUCUCUCCACAGUCGCCGCCAGCGCUGAUCUCCGCAAGACCUUCAUCAACAACGCUAUGGUCUUUGUUCGCAACAACACUCUCCCUGACUACGCCACCACCCCCGAUGGCUGGAACAUGCACGGUCUCGAUAUCGAUUGGGAGUACCCUGGCCGCUCUGGUGCCGCCUGUAACACUGUCUCUCCUCAGGACUCUGCCAACUACCUCAUUCUCCUCAAGGAACUUCGUGCCCAGUUGGAUUUGGAGUUCCCUAACGACCGCAAGCUCUUGACUGCUGCUGUUCGUGUCCAGCCUUUCGAUGGUGCUGAUGGCAAGCCUUUGGGUGAUGUCUCUGCCUUCGCUCAGUACUUUGACUGGAUCGCCAUUAUGGCCUACGACAUUAUGGGAGGCUGGAGCGCCAACACCGGACCCAAUGCUCCCUUCAGAAACGGCCCUGCCGGUCUCGCCGAUCAGUACUCUUUCGUCCAGUCCAUUGACGCCUGGACCAGCGCCAAGUUCCCUGCCAACAAGUUGGUCAUGGGUACUGCCUUCUACGGCCGUUCAGUUAUCACCACCGUUGACAUGAACGCCCAGAACCCUGUCAGCAUGUAUGUCAACAAGACCAGCGUUGUUCCCAAGGGAGGCCCAUCUGAUAGCAACGAAAUCAACUUCUUCUGUAACGAGGGCUCUGUCUACUCAGGUUUGUGGAAGUGGAAGGAGCUCCGUGGCACCGUCUUGACCACUCCUACUACCCCUGCUGCUGGCUGGACCAGAUACUGGGAUGAGACCACCCAGACCCCCUGGUUGUUCCGUGCUGCUGACAAGACUUUCAUCUCCUACGAUGAUAUCCAAUCCUUGACUAUCAAAGUUAACUAUGCCAAAUCUAAGGGUGUUAAGGGUGUCAUGUUCUGGGAUAUGACCUACGAUUACAACAACGAGUUGGUCAACGUUCUUCAGAACAUCCACUGCACUUCCAACUGCCCUACCGUCCCCGUUCCUUCAACUACCACUGCUGUAGUCACCACCACCACUGCCCCAGUCACUACCAAACCCCCAAUUUCCACCCCUCCUACUAGCAUCUGCAAUGGUGUUGCUCCCUGGAACAGCGCCACUGCCUACGCCACAACUGGUACCAAGGUUACCUACAAUGGCCGUCUCUACACCAACUCCUGGUGGACUCAGGGUGAGACUCCCGGUGCCUCUGCUUAUGGCGCCUGGAAGGAUGGCGGUGCUUGCUAA